AUGGAGGACGAGCUGAGGCUGCGCAAAAAGCGGGCAAUUGUGGAGGAGGGAGAUAGGGACGAGGAACAACUUGACAACACGCCGAAGUAUGCUGAUGCGGCAACAAUGGCACAGCGCCGCAUUGUGCGUGUGCGACGCGACCCGCCGUCGAGUGCUGCGGCACCGUCACUGGCCGGUGCGUUUAAGGCGGUGACCGGCAUCACGCCCACAGGCGCUCCGACCCUUGCCACGAAGUUCGGACUCGGCAGCGAUAGCAACACCACCAACAGCGACACCGGCGGUGGCGGCACCAGUAGUAGCGCUAUCACCACUGCAGCUGCUCCCUCCUUUUCGUCAGGAUUUAAUUCGGCUCUAACUGGCUCCACCGCACCCGUGAAGUUCUCUUUUGGAAUCAAUAAUAAUGAAAAGAAGAACGAUACCGAGACUAAAAAGGAGGAGAAUGACAGUAACGACAACAACGAGAGCAGUAUCGGCGGUGCGAAGACGUCUCUAUUCGGAGGGGCAUUUAACUUCGCUGGUGUGGUGAAUUCCUUCGCGGAGGCUAAGGAGCGGAUGGCAAAGGCCGAAGACGGCGUGCAGGAGACAUCAACACCACCAGAGUCGAACACCACCACCACCACUGCCACCAGCGACGCGUUCGCAAAUGCGGCCCCUCUCAUUCCCUCCACGGGCACUGUGCUCGCGUCUGCGCCGGCCAAGCUGUUUGUCUUCAAGCUGGAGACAAAGACCUGGGUAGAGUGUGGUGCCGGCGACGCGAGGGUAAAACAGCACGUGUCCCCGAAUGCCAACGACAAAGCAACGAAGAAUGCCUACCGACUGAUUCUUCGUGAUGGUUACGAUCUUAAUGCAGUGCUGUGCGCCAACUUUCAUGUCACCAAGGCUGAGGACACACACCUGAUCUUUGCGAUGCCGGUCGGCGACAAGGUUUCGACAUACUUACUGAAAUACACUGGCCCGCAGGCUGCGGCACGGGGCGCCGAGUUCACUAAGACACUGAAAGAGACACUAAAGUUGGCCCAAGAUGAUUCUCCGUAA